UUAAUAAACCGUUAUCUGUGGCGCAGUUAACCCUAUUCCAAGUCUUCUGACUUGGUGCCUUGGUUGCUUAGUUCUCAUUUCUUUUAAUUUGUUCAUCGUGAGCAAUUGGGCAUCGUUCUCAACAGUGACUAUAUUAUUACAAGAUAAUCAUGGUUGAUCUCCAGCCAGUAGUACAGAGUUGUGGAUAUAAUGUCUGCAGAGGGUGUUCCUUCACGAACAUUGAGUUUAACCAGAAGAUUUCGAAUGAAGUUGAAGCGCGGCAAUUCCUUAUAGCACAUGGGGUUUUGUCAUGCCAUGCUUUAUGCGAAAAAUGUGGGUCGAGAGUGUCUGCGGACUUCGAUAGAAAUCAGUUUAUAUGCAGUAAAGUGAUUCUUGUGCCUAGAAGAGGUCGUGCGAAUUGCGAUACUUCACGUAGUGUGUUUAGUGGCACAUUUUGCGGCCAUAUGCAUCUCGAUUUGGAAAAAAUAUGUUUCCUGGUCAACAUAUUUCUAUCAAAUCAUGAAGAUUUAAUGGAAGAAGCUAUGUUUGAGUUGAAGCUCAGUUCACCUACUGUCCUUGAUUGGUUUUCCUUUUGUCGUAAAGUUGUGGCAGAUUAUGUCGAGCGGCAUUCUCAGUGCAUCGGGGGCGUUGGGAAAAUCGUCGAGAUAGAUGAAACAACGUUGGAAAGAAGGAUAGACAAUCGAGAAAGUGUGUUGACUGAGCAGUGGGUAUGUGGUGGAAUUGAAAGAGGGGUUCGAGGUGAAUGUAAGGCAUUCUUCGUACCUGUGGAGAAUCGUACCCCCGAAACUUUAAUCGGUAUCGUAAAACGUUAUGUUCUCCCCGGCACAACAAUUAUGACUGAUUGUUGGAAAGGGUAUGAUUCUCUGGAGGACUUUGGUUAUAGACAUCUCACGGUGAACCGCUCUAAAAAUUUCGUCAAUCCUCGAACUGGUGCCCACACGCAGACCAUUCAAAGGCUCUGGGUCGAAGUACGUCGGCACGUCUCAUCGGCUGGAUUCAGGCAGGAAGAACUUUCUGAUUAUCUAGCUGAUUUUAUAUUCAGACGUAUGAUACCUUGCUAUGGUCGUAGAAGGCACGCAUUCUGGAAAGCGGCUGCAACUCUGUACCCACCUGAGCAUCCCUUGGCAUAAGUCUUCACACUCGACAUGCAAAACUAAUACACACCAAACCAGCGUGAUGUAGACUUCCUAGUCUAAAGCCAGCAGUGCCUAAAUGAAGAACGUUCAGGUAAACCUUACUUAAGUCUUCACACUCGACAUGCAAAACUAAUACACACCAAACCAGCGUGAUGUAGACUUCCUAGUCUAAAGCCAGCAGUGCCUAAAUGAAGAACAUUCAGGUAAACCUUACUUAAGACUCGAGAAGAAUUUGUAGCGCCUGUGGAGACAUCAUGGUGCUUCAAAGGACCAAUCCAGGAAAAGAUACUCAUCAACAUCAUUUAUGCGUGUGGUAAAACCAUGAGAGCAGAAAACAUACUCUUUGAUCUUGAAUCAAGUGACGAACUGAAUCGUCACAACCAGAUUUAAUUGUUGAGAGCUGGUUAAAAAGAUGUAGAAAGGUAAGAAUUUAAUGCCAGUUUUAUGGUUUAAUUGCUGCCAGUUGGUUCCAUGGACGUGCAAAAAGAAGAAUUUGAUGCUGAAUUCAUAUGAAAUAAUUGAGGCAAAUUGGUUCAAUGGGUGUAGAAGGGGAAAAAUUAAACACUAGUCUUCUGGUUCAAUUGAUGGUCGUUAGUUCCAUGGACAUAAAAAAGGAAGAAUUUGAUGCUGAAUUCAUAUGAAAUAAUUGAGGCGAAUUCGUUCAAUGGGUGUAGAAGGGGAAGUAUUGAACAUUGCAGUCCUUGAGUGUAAUUGGAUGUAAAAAGUAAAAAAAGAAUUAAACACCACAGGCUCAUGAUUUGAUGAUUGCUAGUUGAUUCGAUCGUUGUAGAAAGUUGUCAAAUUCAACUGGGAAUAAUGUAAUAGAUAUGCUGAAAAUAUUCCUUUCUUGAAACACUUGAGAAGAAAGGUCAUGUCUACUUCCAAAAAUGUGGAAACCAUAAUUCUUUUUGUAGUUUUCCUCGUUAAGCAGACCCCACAUUAUUUAUAAUUCAUAUGUUCAAUAUUUUACUGGAGCCAGCUUACUUAGUUACUAUUUGAUGUUUUUUGAAUAUUGAGUUUUCAGUCAAAAAUGAAAGGCAGUUGUAGGACAACAUAAUCAACUUGUUGCACGAAUAUGGGAAAUCUAUUUUCUUCAAUUUAAGAAAUCAAAUAAGAUAUGUUGAUCUUUCUUUCAUGUUGAUUGUUGGUUUCUAAUUCAGAUAAUAUUAAAACUUCAAUAUGAUUUAUGUAUAUAAAUACACGAAAAUGAGUUGAAUGACACUUCAGAAAAAAAAUAGUGAGAAUGGAAUUCAAGCGAAUUCCUUCCUGUUCAGUCGAAUAUAGCCUCAUUUAAUUGCUCAUAGUGGAUAAUUAGGGUUAUAGUGGUUUAACCAAAAUAGUGAGGGAAGGGUAAGAAAUUCUAAGUUUUUCAAUCAAGCAAGGAUUCAGGGUUUUGAAAUCAAUUCAAUGAUUUUUAAAUUUAAUCUUUACCUUGCAAUAGAAAUUUGUAAUUUUCUUUACCCACCAUGUAAUUCUCAUAUAAGGUAAGGGUCUGAUGGAUUACAAACAUUAUAAUAGCUUGAUGUUCAUUGAAUUGGUCUUUAUAGCUUGCCCCAUACAUAUCAAUCAGGUUGGUUGAGGAAGAUCCUCUACCAUAUAUGUGAAUUGUCUUUCUAUUGAACAUAUAUUUUAUGAUUUGUUGAAUUAUUUUUUAUUUCAGAAUCAAGUGUGUUGUGUUGAUGUACAGUAAAAACAUUAAAAAUAAAAAUCUAUUUCAAG